AGUUCUGUCCUCCCCGCCGUCCAGCCACUGCUCGCCUCUGGUCUCCAUUUGCUAACCGCCCCUUUCAUCUGUGUUCUUCCUCUCUUCUAUUCCUCUCUGUCGCCUACGCCACCUCUGUUCUGAGCUGCCCUUUUGCCGUCGCAUCUGCCGUUGUCUCCUCUCUUGCCGCCGGCGCCGACGGGUUCUGAUUUGCCGUUGAGCUUAUCUUCUCUGUUCAAGGAGUGUUUUUUGGAAGCAGAAGCAGUGUAGAAAGCUUGUGAGGAGCCAACUCUUAUUAUCAAUAGUUUUGGGUGUAGAUCCAAUUUCAGUAUGGCUUCAUUUGGAUUAUACCAAACGAGAAAGAAAACAUUGUAAUUUUGUGCAUCUGAGGGCUUAACAAGAAGAUUCCCCCUAUUGAGCGCGAACAGAGGCGCUUGUUCACGUCAACCGCAGAACCCCGUUCUUUCCAAAGAGCAGCGAGUUGUGUUGUCUGCAAGUGCAGUUUCAACACUUCCAGGAGACGGGAUCACUGUCGAUCCUGUGGGAGAACUUUGUGGAACGAACAUUCAUCAAAUCAAAUGGUAUGAUACUACUAGGGAGUGAUACACUAGUUUAAGUAUUAUCCUUGAGGAGCUUCAUAGAGCAACACUUUUAUAUGCAGACUUUUACAUUAUUCUUUUCAAAGUCAAUUUUGGAUCUUCUUCUGUGAUCGUCCUCCUGGUACAGUCCCCAGUCUCAAUCCUCCAGGAAGGAGGAUCUGCAAUCCAAUGCAUGGGUACAGUCGCUUGGGUGGAGGAGCACGUUCCAGCAGCUCGCCGCCACCGUCCCCGCGUUUCCGCCAUGGCCGGAGCAAGGGCAGCAGCUGCAGCAGAGGUUCAUCAAAGGAGGACACUAAUUCGAUGGAGAAAUUGGCCUUUCUUCUCAUGUCGGCAGUUUUCAGAAGGAGAGGGUUGCUUUUGUUUGCGCCCUUGUUGUAUAUUUCGGGGAUGUUGCUGUACAUGGGUUCUUUGAGCUUUGAUGUUGUGAGUAUAAAAGAUGGUGUUGUUGUUGUACACAAGCGUGCUCCUCCCGGUUCAGUUUAUCGAAGUCCUCAGGUCUUUGAAAAGCUAUGGCCUUUCAUGGUGGAUGAGGGUGCUCAAGCCAAUGCUAAUGCCACUGGAAAUGUGUUGAUGAAAUCAUGGAAUCUAAAGGAGCAUAAAGGGUGGAAGCCUUGUGCUAACAAAAGUGUUCCUCAAACAGAAUUGCCAAAGUCAAAUGGGUUCCUUAUAAUUGAAGCAAACGGUGGCUUGAAUCAGCAACGCCUUUCGAUAUGUGACGCUGUUGCUGUUGCUGGACUACUAAAUGCAACUCUUGUUAUUCCAAUAUUUCAUUUAAACAGUGUGUGGCGAGACAAAAGCAACUUUGGUGACAUUUUUGAUGAAGAUUUCUUCAUAGAAACACUUGGAAAUCGUGUGCAUGUGGUAAGAGAGCUCCCAAGUGACAUACUUCAGAGGUUCAAUAAUAACAUAAGUAACAUUGUCAAUCUUAGAGUUAAAGCUUGGUCUAGUCCUGCUCACUAUCUUCAGAAGGUCCUUCCUCAACUAUUAGAAAUGGGAGCUAUUCGCAUUGCACCUUUCUCCAACAGAUUAGCUCAGGAUGUACCCUCAAAAAUUCAAGAGCUUAGGUGCUUUGCCAAUUUUGGAGCUCUCAGAUUUUCAGAAUCUAUAAGAACACUUGCAGAAAGCAUGGUUAAUCGGAUGGUUGAACAUAGCUCCCACAGUGGAGGGAAAUAUGUUUCUGUGCAUCUUCGAUUUGAGGAGGAUAUGGUUGCAUUUUCAUGCUGUGAGUAUGACGGUGGGGAGGAGGAGAAGCAUGAAAUGGAUAUUGCUCGGGAAAGGAGUUGGCGAGGCAAAUUCAGGAGAAGACAUAGGGUAAUAAAGCCUGGUGUAAAUCGGGUUGAUGGAAGAUGCCCAUUGACUCCUUUGGAGGUGGGAAUGAUGCUUAGAGGAAUGGGUUAUGAUAAUACAACCUCCGUAUAUGUUGCAGCAGGAAAGAUAUAUAAAGCACAGAAGUACAUGGCACCACUCAGACAGAUGUUUCCACGAUUACAAACCAAGAAUACACUGGCUACUCCAGAAGAGCUUGCUCAAUUCAUGGGCUACUCUUCUAGGUUGGCUGCUCUUGAUUAUACUGUUUGCCUACACAGUGAAGUCUUUGUUACAACCCAGGGUGGAAAUUUUCCACACUUCUUGAUGGGUCACAGACGCUAUAUAUAUGGAGGACAUGCAAAGACAAUUAAACCUGAUAAACGAAAAUUGGCUCUACUAUUCGAUAAUCCUAACAUAAGGUGGGAAGUUUUCAAACAACAAAUGAAAGACAUGCUUCAUCACAGUGAUCAAAAGGGCAUUGAGUUGAAAAAGUCUGGUGCUUCUCUUUAUACGUUUCCCAUGCCAGAUUGCAUGUGUAAACAGGAAGAAGCAAGAAGUAGAAAUUGUAGCUCUAGGAAAUGUAUGAUGUUUUGAGUGUAAAUAUAUGGCCUUUAGGAACACGUUCAAUACCUGUAAUUUAUUUUUAUAUCAUUUAGUUUGAUUUUCUUUUUUCUUUUUAAAUAUGGUAGAGUUAUUUUAAGUAAAGCUUAUAAAAAGUCCACAAAUUAAGUUUUAAUUGUUAUUUUCAUUUAAGCGCAACAAAUGGCACUUAAGUGUACGUUAAAUAAUUGUAAACAAUCAUUCUUGGAUCCUUGCUGACUGCUGAGUUUAGCAUGGCAAUUUAAUUGCGUGAAGGCUAUAUUGAAGCCUUAUAAUUUUGGUUCUUGAUUUACUAAUUAGAGAUGAUUGAUAUUUGCAUGAGCUGUCUAAAUGACUACUUUCAA